CUUUGUAUAGUCUUUCAGUCCAUACAUAUGUGCACCCUCAAAAGCCAGAGUGCUGGGAUUGGUAUAAGAUUGAGCAAACCAAAACUAUACCCCGGAAGAAUACUUGAUUAGCAUCCAGAAUUGUGGAUAUCAAUUUUCCUGGAAGAUUCGACCACCGCUGUUCAGAGCUGCUAUUGGAAUACCAUGUCUAAGAACUCGGAGUUUAUCAAUCUGUCAUUUCUGUUAGAUCAUGAGAAGGAAAUGAUCCUGGGAGUCUUAAAGAGAGAUGAAUACUUGAAAAAAGUGGAGGACAAGAGAAUAAGGAAGCUGAAAAAUGAACUCUUAGAAGCAAAACGUAGAAGUGGGAAGACUCAGCAACAAACGAACAGAGUCUGUGUUCACUGCCAGAGAAACCUGGGCUUAAUAUUUGACCGAGGAGAUCCAUGCCGGGCCUGUUCCCUGAGAGUGUGCAGCGAAUGUCGGGUCCCGGGCCUCGAUGGCAGCUGGAAGUGCACCGUCUGUGCCAAAGUCGCACAGCUAAGGAUUAUAACUGGUGAAUGGUUUUUUGAAGAAAAGGCAAAGCGUUUCAAGCAAGUCAACGUUCUGGGCACUGAUGUAGUCCGACAGUCCCUCUUAAGAAGAAGUCCAGGAACUGAAGAAACACAAAGUCAAGAGCAAUCCCGCCAGGACCCAGAAAAGGCAGACACUUCACCUUCUUCCGGGCAAAAGGCCAGUCGUGAUGGACCCAGGAAAAAAGGAUUUCUUCUGAGCAAGUUCAGAUCAGCAACCAGGGGAGAGAUCAUGACUCCAAAAACGGAAAGUGGGCGGAGCUACAGCUUGGACCUAGACAGCCAGAACUUGCGGAGUUUAAAGUCAGUCCCUGGUUCGGACAGGGGAAGCACGGGUUCAUCCGAUCUUAAUGACCAGGAAGCUGGCCCCUCAACCCCGAAAAGCAGCCGGAGCAGUGGUGUGACCCCCAUCACUCAGAGGUCACCAGCCCCAAGCACACACAGUGUGGCCUCAGUCAGCAUUAGAAAGCGACAUGGUUUUGAAAGUUCCGUGGAUUUGGCUGCCAUUGAAAGCACGUAUGAGAACCUCACAAAGAGUCAUCGCAGAAAUGUUUCUGGUACACCUUCCAUAGCGGUGUCUGAGAUCUCCCUCUCCUCAGACCGGAGUCGAUCUGAGUUAGAUCUGAGUGGGUCAUAUCCAGAAGACUUAGAGAAUACUGUCCACAUAAGAAGCAAGUCCGUCCCUGGGGCUUUAGACAAAGACUUGGACUCCUUGGAAGAGACUGAGCAAGGUGUUCAUGGCUUAGCAUCCUCCCGGUUUUCUGCCAACACCCACAGUCUAGCAAGUGGCCUGUCAACCAAUUCUCAACCAGGCUGUGACAGGAAGUGGACCUACCUAAGUGUCCCUGAUGCGGACUCAGACACUACCAGCCUUAACAGCAUGAUGAGUGUUUACAGUGAAACAGGAGACUAUGGUAACGUGAAGGUCAGUGGUGAAAUCCUUCUCCACAUCAGCUACUGCUACAAAACUGGCGGGCUCUACAUUUUUGUCAAGAAUUGCAGAAAUCUGGCCAUAGGAGAUGAAAAGAAACAGAGGACAGAUGCUUAUGUCAAGUCGUACCUUCUUCCUGACAAAUCCAGAAACAAUAAGCGCAAGACCAAGAUCAGAACAGGCACCAAUCCAGAAUUCAAUGAGACACUAAAGUACACGAUCAGCCACACCCAGCUGGAGACCAGAACUCUGCAGCUCUCGGUCUGGCAUCAUGAUCGAUUUGGCCGUAACAGCUUCCUCGGGGAGGUGGAGAUUCCUUUUGACUCAUGGAACUUUGAAAAUCCAAGUGAUGAGUGGUUUGUGCUUCAGCCCAAGGUGGAAUUCGCUGCAGACAUAGGCCUUCACUAUAAAGGAGAGCUAACAGUUGUUUUACGUUACAUCCCCCCAGAGGAGAACCUGAUGAUUCCUCUAGAACAAGUUCAAGGAAAGAAGACCUUCAAAAGGGGAAAGAAGAAGGAGUCAUCCGUAAUCUUUGGAGGAAUACUGGAAGUGUUGAUCAAAGAGGCAAAGAAUUUGACAGCGGUGAAGUCAGGAGGCACUUCUGAUAGCUUUGUGAAGGGCUACCUGCUCCCAGAUGACAGCAAAGCUACCAAGCACAAAACUCUGGUGGUAAAGAAGAGUGUUAACCCUCGGUGGAAUCAUACUUUCAUGUUCAGCGGCCUGAACCCCCAGGAUAUAAAGAAUGUUUGCCUAGAACUCACUGUCUGGGACAAGGAGGCCUUUUCCAGCAACAUCUUUCUGGGAGGAGUUCGUUUGAAUUCUGGAACAGGUGUGAGCCACGGGAAGAGUGUGGAUUGGAUGGACUCUCAAGGGGAAGAGCAACGCCUAUGGCAGAAGAUGGUGGACAAUCCUGGGACUCCCGUCGAGGGUGUGCUCAUGCUCCGGUCCAGCAUGGGGAAGUGUAGGCUCUGAAGGUACCAGUCUCCAAAGUGAGGCCUCGAGGCACUGUCUGGCUGCUGUCUGAUCUCAGUAUUGGUCUUGCAACCUAGGAUUCUGCUUGCCUGCCAUUUUUCACCUGAGUGUAUUGGGACACGUGAGUAGAGAUGUCCACGUUAUGAACAUUUAGGGUCUCACUGAGUGUCUCAUAGAGCAUGUACCUCUGUGUGUCCAGGGACCAGGACCUUUUUGAUUGGACAGUAAAAAGUGUGCCACACUGUCCUGUCAACGGCAAGUUAUGCAAUGAUUCAUAGACUUUAUACCAUAAGGGAAAUGGUACAAGCUUCUUUGAAACUACAGUUGAAAUUUGGAAUCCCUAAACUUUUUCUAUUACUGAGUUAUUUUACAUUUCCUAAAAUGGUUUGAGGGUAAAAGGGGCCACUCAUAACAUAGUUCACUUGAAGAGUAAGAAGGAAUACUGACUACGCUUUCCUCACCCUGGGAAUUCCCAUAAUCCCUAAAAGGCAUUGUGGGGAUGGUUGCUUAGACAAGGAGAUGGCGCUCUUAUUGUAGCAAACUUGUGGAUUAACCAGGUAAGUUUUCAAGAUGAACGGACAGGUUUUUCUAUGGUGAUUAUAUAAUCUAUAAUCUAAAUCAGCCCACUUUUAAGAGUGGAAAGAACUAGAUCUUUCUAUCUGAACAAUAGUUGGAUCGACCAGGGAAAAUGGAGACAUGGUGUCACCCUAAUUAUGACUUAGGAAUUAGAGAGCUCCAUUGUAAAUAUCUAUUUUGUAAAAUAUUCUAAGCCACUGACUACAAGGGAAUAAUGUACAAAAUGUACAUUUUGAGCCCCUGCAUGUGUCGUAUCUACUGAUAUCCCACUGGUCAAAGAAAGUCAUAUGGCCAAACCUAAAAUCAGGAGGCAGUGAAAUCUACUCUGUUCAUGGUGAAGCCAUGGCAAGCAUGAGGAUCCAGGAAGGGAAGAAGAAUCAGUAGUUCAGUAGUUCAGUCUACUUUACCUUCUAUUAGCUGGAAUUCCAGGUGCGUCAGCCACCAAAGUUAGAGGCAAAGAUAGUUGAAGUUGAAAGGUACUUCAGACCUGGUGCCUCAUUUUGCAUGUUCCAAACCUCAAGCCCCUAGAGAGCUAAAGGACUUGCCCAAGAUCGUAUAAAAGCCAUGACG